AUGAGUCGUCAACCUCAGAAGAAAAUAAAAAUUGAGAUUGAUGAAACUGUGCAUGAUGAUCACUUAUUUUCCUUCUUACCCAUCAAAGAAGCAGUCCAGGUGGGUCCUGUAUCAACCAGAUUCAAGAAUGCUUGGCAUUUGAAUCGAAUGUUGCUGUUUGGCACAGAAUUUGCAAGAUUUGAUCAACAAGAGCUCGUGGAUUUGAUUGAACGAGUCUUCGAUGUCAAUAAGGCUCCAGAAAUCCAAGCUUUCUGCCUGCACAUCGAUCCACAGGGAGUAGGAGCAUUCAUCGAGAAAUGGCUUGGGAUAUGUGCUCUCAAACAAGUCAAAGAACUGGAACUCCAAUUUUCCCAGCCUUUUCUUCUCGAGUCUCAUUUUCUCGACAUCCAAACACUUCGGAUCCUGAAGCUCACCAACUGUGAAAUCCAACUGCCACAGGUCUUAACUGGCCUGCAAUUCCUAAACACUAUUGUCUUCUCAAGAAUCAACCUCACUGAAAAUGAACUCAAAACUUUGUUAUCAAACUGUAAGCUUCUCAACACUUUAGAGCUAUCGGAAUGUUUAGGAAUAAGGGUUAUGGAUAUAUGUGCGAGGGACAGUAGGUACUUUAAGACCUUAAAAAUUGCUUAUUGCCCUAGCGUGGAGGAUCUUAACAUCGAUGUCCCAAGCCUUAGGUCCAUAUUUUAUCGUGGGGCUGUCAUCAGAAUCGAAUUUAAAAAGGCUUUACCAUUGAAGGAGGCUUUCUUCAAAUUUUUUCCUACCAGAGGAUACUUGCUGUCUCAUAAGGUGGAUCGUUUGGUCAUCGACCUCUUUUACGCCACUGUCCUCACAACCUCCAGCACUUUUAUUGAGCUGAAUAAUUACAAUUUUGAAUGUGGAUUGUACUGGAAACUGCAUGAGAAACCUAUGCUGGACAACUUCGCAUAUGAGUUCAGUCGGCUGAAGUUCGUGAAGCUCAUAGGUUUCAAGUUUGCAGAGUAUGAAAUAGAGUUGGUGAAAGUUCUUCUUCAGAAGUCUGUGAAGCUGGAAUCUAUGGUCUUCGUUCUACCCAGAAACAACCGUACGACGUUGGUUCAAGCGGCUGAUGCAACAUACUACAACCACCUCUUUCGCUCCUGGACUGUGUCUCCAACAGCCAAAAUGUUCUUGUACGAACAUCGUAAUGAUCAAAGCAAGUGUCCAACCCACCCAAAGUUUUAG